UUCAUUAUCCCUGAAAAUGGAAGUAGAGCGGUUUUCUCUCGCAUAAAUGAUGCUUGGAGGCGUUUCAAGAAAGAUCUCAAAAAGAGUUGUUUUUUAAAGUACACUACUAUGAGUGAAAGAUUGAAGCAUCGUCCCCAGGCCGUACCUGAAGUUCAUUUCAAGCAAUUGAUAUCCUAUUGGAAGAACAAUAACAUCCAAAAAAUUAGCAAAAUCAAUGCUGUGAACAGAGCUAAGCAAAAGUAUAUGCAUCGGAUGGGCCCAACAAACUUUGCGAGGAUUCGUGCAAAACUGCGUGCUAAGAAAGAGGACGGAAAGGAAGUUAGCCAGGCAGAGAUGUUCAUUGAGACUCGACAAAGUCGAAAAGGAAAACAGCUGGAUGAGGAAACUUCAAGUGUAAUUUCUAAGCUUCAAGAAUCAGUUCAGAAUUCAACUGAAUCUGAGACAUUUAACUCCUUGUUUGGGAAAGAAAAAUCUGGACGAGUUCGUUGCUAUGGAAGAACAAUAACACCUACCAUGCUUAAAAGAAAAGAAGAAAUUCUGGUUAUUAAAAGGCAGCAUAAUGAUGAAGUGGCUGGCAUGAAGAGGGAGAUGGAUGGUAUGAAGGCGCUAUUUAAGACAAUGAUGAAGCAACAAAACCCACAUAUGAGCGACGAGGAGAUCUCUAAUUUGAUGGCAAGUGCUAUGGGUUGUUCCAUUAGUUCUACUGUUGCUCCUGCUGAUCCACAUUCGUCUGCAUCAACUCAUAUUCCGCAUUGCGAACAGGGUGGAGAGGAAGCAGAUUGUGAUGAAGAUAUGGAAGAAGCUUGUGAUGAACAUGAAGAUGUGGAAGAAGUUUGUGCUGAAGAUGUUGAUGAAGAUGUUGAAGAAGAUGUGGAAGAAGAGCAAGGAGAAGAUCAAGAAGAAUAGUUGUUUUAUGUUAUCUUUCUAGCCAGUUAUUAGAACUUUUUUUGGUUAUUUUGGGAUGACUCUUUUUUGAGCCAAACUUGUGUUUAAUAUGGUUGUGUUUAACAUGGUUGUUUUGAAUUUUGAAUUUGGGAUGACAUCAAAACUUGUAUCCAACUAUUAUUAGUGGCACUACAAAAAAAACAUACUUUUGACCUUAA